GCUCCUUUACCAAGACCUGUGGAGGAUACUUCAUUGUUUCAUGAACGUGCAGCAUCUGUUAAUACUAUCACUUCCGAACAAGCAUUUGUACACAUGGUUAAGGCUAUGCUCGGCACAGGCCUUCUCUCAUUACCAUUAGCCUUUAAACAUGCAGGACUUUUCCUAGGUCUUUUUCUCACCGUGCUUAUUUGCAUUAUUUGCCUCUACUGCAUGCGACAAGUCGUAUUCGCAGCACAUUUUGUUUGUAACAGAAAUGGGCGCGAUUUAAUUGAUUACGCCAACAUUUUACGUGGUGCGGUAGAGAUGGGUCCAAACUGGAUUCGACACAAAGGAUAUUUCUUCAAACAACUUCUCAACGUAAAUAUGUUCGUUUCUCAAUUGGGCUUUUGCUGUGUUUAUUUCGUAUUCAUGGCCGAUAAUUUGGAAGAUUUUUUCAACAGUAACACUGAUAUCAAGCUUUCAAAAGCAACGUGGAUGCUACUACUUUUGAUCCCAAUGUUAUCGCUUUGUUCAAUACGGAGGCUGUCUAUGUUGGCUCCACUUGCAAUGGCUGCUAACUUCGUUUAUAUAGUUGCCGUGGGAAUUGUUUUAUUUUUCUUUGUUUCGAAUCUCAAACCGGUGGGUUCACUGCCUUGGUUUGGAAAAGUAGCUGACCUACCUCUUUUCUUUGGCACAGUAAUGUUUGCAUUUGAAGGAGUCGCAGUGAUUAUGCCCAUAGAAAAUCGUAUGCGGAAUCCGCAUUCAUUCAUUGCAUGGAAUGGUGUCCUGAAUUCAAGCUGUCUCGUCGUAUUAGCUAUUUUCUCAGUCACAGGAUUCUAUGGAUAUCUCUCGUUAGGAGACGAUGUGAAGGACACCGCUACGCUGAAUCUCCCUAUGACACCGUUUUAUCAGACCAUCAAAUUGAUGUUCGUCGCUUGUAUUAUGAUUUCAUACCCGCUGCAAUUCUAUGUUCCAAUGGAGCGCGUUGAAAAAUGGAUCACCCGAAAGAUUCCGGUCGCUAAUCAAACUUUCUAUAUCUACACCGUCCGAUACGCAGGAGUCUUACUUACUUGUGCUGUUGCUGAACUUAUUCCUCAUCUAGCCCUGUUUAUUUCGCUGAUUGGAGCUUUUUCUGGUGCAUCAAUGGCUCUGUUGUUCCCUCCUGUGAUUGAAUUACUAACGUGCUACGCAAAACAAGAGCUUUCGUCCAGGAUUUGGGCAAAGAAUAUAUUUCUUCUUUGCUUUGCGUUCCUAGGUUUUACAACGGGUACAUAUUCAGCUUUGUCAGAGAUCUUCAAGAAGAUCGCUAAAGAAUAA